ACUGCAUAUCUUUGGCCGGACGCCUCAGCACAAACUCUCCCGAGGUCAUUUACGAAGGUGGGACCAAGGUGUAAACUCAUCCCGGGCGCGCAAAAGCAGCAGAGUAUCUCUACCAACAGGCUAUGGACGGCAAUGAAUGAUAUUAGUCUCAACCGAGUGGAUGCGUAGACUGAACGAGUUGCAGCUUUCACAUCAGCCCAGACAGCGCGGAGUCUGGAGACUCUUCCAUCUCUCAGGAAAAGACGAUCUGCGAAAAAUCUAACCUUCCUAUUCCACUCAGCAGCGACACUUCAAAGAGCAGAUCAUUCAAGCAUUGAUAUUCCAUGUGACAAGGUCAUCUGAUGUCGAGGUACACGUUCAGAGAAGACUUUCGCGAUGUUAUAACAUUAUGCAUGCUUGACCAACGUUUGUGACCAACUGCUUGAAGAGCCUCGAAGAGGACGAGAGCUACGGACGGCAUAGGGUUAGGGUCGAUCGGCUUGCGCUCAGCCAUGUCGUACUCCACGGUUCCUAUUUUCUUUGCUCAGGAUGAUCCGAACGCCGACCCAUCAACUAUCGGAGCACUUCCACCACGGUUUGGACUCUUAGAUGACUCAGAAGACCGAUGGAAGACAUUUCAGUCUGCUAUUGGUUGCUUGAAUGCGGAGGCCCCAGGAGGAGUGUCCUACAAGGUAUGUUUCCUGGGUAGACACGGAGAAGGAUGGCAUAAUGUUGCUGAAGCCAAGUACGGCACCGAAGCAUGGGAUGCAUAUUGGUCGAAAUUAGACGGGGACUCUGAAAUAACAUGGGGUCCAGAUGCGCUCCUCACCCCGCUUGGAGAAACCCAAGCCCUGCAAGCUCGUGAAGCUUGGAAAUCCGAGAUCCCUAAAGGUAUACCCGUACCAGCCAAAUUCUACUCGAGCCCUCUUAGAAGGGCGCUGGAUACAUGGAAAGAGACCUUUGGCUUGCGUAGCAACGAUGCUGUACUCGAUAAGUCCAAAAGGACGGUGUUGAUCCUCGAGAACUGCCGUGAGCAGUACGGCGUCCACACCUGCGAUCGUCGAUCAACUCUUUCAUCUCUGGUUACUAUUUAUCCUCCACCCACGUAUGUGUUCGAAGAAGGCUUCGCAGAAGAAGACCCUUUGUGGCAGAAAGACGAACGAGAACCCAAACCUCAUAUCGCUGAGCGAGCUCGCGCUGUACUCGAGGUUAUAUUCAGGGAACCUGACAUUUGUUGACCGUGUCUCUAGACAUCUCCAUAACGGCUCAUAGCGGAUUCUUCAACGGUGUUUUGGCUGUUAUCGGAAGAUCUGAUUACGCACUACCGACUGGGGGGGUCUUGCCAGUCGUCGUAAAACGUACUGCGAUACCAAACUAGUGUCUUGUUUGCCCGCGGUUCUCGUUGAAUUACGACUGAUAAUCAUCCUGUGGAAUGGCACACUGUAUUACGAAUACCCUGAUACCUCUCGCAGUUCUUGGAAAUGCACUAGAAGCGCAUGUCUAUUUCGAAUAGACUUAUCACUAUACCCAGGAUCCGUUUUGGCGCG